AUUUAAGCACAUUCGAGAACCGACAAGUUCGAAAACGAAACAGAGCAUGUAGAAAGUCCAGGAACAAGGGAUGAGACAACAAUCACACUGAUCAGUCCCUCUCCCAGAUAUGGUGGUCAUCAAACUCGAAACAACACACCACAUUAAUCACCGUCCCCUGAUCCACAACCAUCACACAAACACCCCUCAAUCUGACAGAAAAUUUCCCUCCCUUCCUCCAUCCCUCCGUCCGUCCACCCUCACCGGCUCCCCGCAGAACCAGAAAAGAAACAGAAAGAAACGACACAAUAUCCACCUGUACAACCCCAACACGUCAGACCCCACUCACGUCAGCGGCGAACAGGCAAUUGAAAAUAACACCGUCAGUUGACCUCAAAACUCAACAAUCCCGCCUCUAGGAUUGGCCGGCCUGCGAAAUGCAACAAACAGUCUUCCCGGCCAACGAGAAGGAGGGGU